AUGGCGAGCAAAGAGUUGUCGCCGGAAGAAAAACUCGCCUUGAUCAAAGACCAAUUGCAGGAGGUUCUACAUGAAGACAUCCUCGAAAAUGUCAUUCUGAAAGAGCAGAGACCGUUGAUAAUCUACUGGGGUACGGCCACGACUGGAAGACCACACUGCGGCUACUUUGUGCCAAUGAUGAAGAUCGCACAUUUCCUUCGAGCAGGCUGCCGGGUCAAGAUUCUCCUUGCGGACAUUCACGGGUUUCUCGACAACUUGAAAGCGCCAAUUGAACUGGUCAAAUUCCGGGCGGAAUACUACAAAUACAUUAUUCAAUCCCUCCUCAAGGCCGUGGGUGUGAGCUUGGAGAAACUGGAGUUUGUUCUCGGGUCAUCCUACCAAUUAAGUGCAGAUUAUACCAUGGAUGUCUUUCGACUGAGUUCCGUGGUCACCGAACACGAUGCCAAGAAGGCCGGCGCUGAGGUGGUUAAACAGGUUGAGAACGCCACGUUAUCUGGACUGAUCUAUCCCUUGAUGCAAGCACUGGAUGAGCAGCAUUUGGGUGUUGAUGCACAAUUUGGCGGAGUUGAUCAACGGAAAAUCUUUGCUCUGGCCCAAGAGGCUCUUCCCAAGAUUGGGUACAAAGAACGUGCACACUUGAUGAACCCCAUGGUACCCGGUUUGGCUGGAGGCAAGAUGUCCGCAUCAGACCCUGACUCGAAAAUUGACAUUCUCGACACAGCAGAGGUUGUCAAAAAGAAGCUUCGCAAAGCCUAUGCAGCUGCAGGAGAAGUUGAAGGAAACGGCAUAAUAUCCUUCGUCGAGUAUGUGUUGCUGCCCAUUAGCUCUCUGCGGGAUCCAGAGGGCAAAGGCACGUUCGUGUGCGAGAGGAGGGAAGGGGAAGGAGAGCCGUUAGUUUACCAUAAUAUUGAGGCCUUGAAGGACGACUAUCGAGCCGACAGGCUCACUCCACAGCUACUCAAGGCUGGCGCUACUGCGGCUCUUGUAGAGUUGCUCGCUCCCAUCCAAGCCGAAUUCCAGGCGUCCCCAGAAUGGCAAGAAAUUGAAAAGAAAGCCUAUCCCCCUCCUGAGCCUGUGAAAAAGAAGAAGCAACCCAAGGACAAAGGCACGAGAUACCCUGGUGCCGCAAAUAUCAGCGCCAAACCAGAUGGUUCAAUUGAAGGCAAGGGGAAGGAAGAGGUGGAGGUGGGAAAGACUGCAGAGCAAGCCAUAUCGAACCUGGAUAUCAACGGCCAACCUUCAUGA